UUAAUCCGUCUCCACAACAAACAAUCACCAUCACCACACCCCUCGCUGAUACAUCGGUAUCUCGGUGCAAUAUGUACGGGAGAAAACGUAAAAAACGAUGACGACAUAUAUAUCUUGUCCGUUCCCGGGCGAGACAAGUAUAUAGAUAUCCUUCCCCGGCUUCCCCCCGCUGGGUUGCCUAUAGCACCUUUUCCCUAUCUCUCCAAAGCCAACAUGACUCUUCCGACUCACUUCACACUAAACACCGGCGCUGAAAUACCUGCCGUUGGCUUUGGCACAUGGCAAGCAGCUCCCAAUGAAGUGGAGCGCGCCGUAGAGACCGCGCUUCAAACAGGAUACCGACACAUUGACUGCGCAGCUAUCUAUCGUAACGAAGCUGAAGUAGGCGAAGGCAUCCGAAAAAGCGGCGUCCCUCGCUCUGAGAUCUUCAUCACGGGAAAGCUAUGGAACACGAAACAUGCACCCGAAGACGUCGAGGGAGCUCUGGAUCAAUCGCUCAAAGAUCUUGGGACUGACUACGUGGAUUUGUUCCUCAUGCAUUGGCCUGUAGCUUUCAAUGGCGCCCCCCAAAAAUGGUUCCCCCUCCGCCAAAACGGCCUAUUCGAUCUCGUCUCCAUCGACCCAGCCGAGACUUACAAAGCCAUGGAGAAACUCCUCUCCACUGGAAAGGUACGCGCAAUUGGCGUCUCCAAUUUCACGGCAAACCGCCUCACCAACCUCCUCUCUAAAAUCAACGUCGUCCCCGCUGUCAACCAGAUCGAAGCUCACCCUUACCUCCAACAACAAGCGCUCUUCGAUUUCUGCAAGGAGAAAAACAUUCUCAUAGAAGCGUACUCCCCUCUCGGUAACAACCAAACGGGUGAACCUCGGACAGUGGAUGAUCCGUUGGUUGGGAAGAUCGGAGAGAAGUUGGGCAUGGAUGGUGGACAAUUGUUGGCUAGUUGGGGUGUGCAGAGGGGCACUGUAGUGCUACCCAAGAGUGUGACUCCGCACCGGAUAAAGAGUAAUUUGCUGGUGAAGAAGAUCACAGAUGGGGAAUUUGCUGAGCUGAAUGGAUUGGAGCGACACAAGCGCUUUAAUGUACAAUCGCGAUGGGGCUUUGACAUUUUUGAGGAGCUUGGGGAUACUGAGGUGCAGGAGAUCGCGAAAGGUCUUGCAGAGGAGAAUCUUACAAAGUUUACUGUUUAG